AUCCAAGCCGCGUCUACCCAUCCAUCAUUAGAACUGAUUCCCAAAUCAGACACACUUUGAAGGAAGCGAAGAGAAGCUAAGCUAAGCGAAGAUGGUGAAAGUAGCCGGCUUUUUCGCCAUGUCAGUGGGAGCCUUUAUAUUUUGGCAAACUAUGGACAAAAUCCAUGUCUGGAAUGCUCUUCGCCAGGAUGAGAAGCAAGAAAGAUUUGAAAAGGAGAUGGAGAUCAAGAGGGUCAGAGAAGAGUUAUUGCGACAAGCUAAAGAUAAGGAUGCUCUCGCAUGAGUUACUUGUAUGGUCAAAUUUCAAUUUCCCACAUUUCCCCAAAGUACCAUAAUUGGCUGGUACUUCGUUUUACAAAUGUUGUCACUGAAAAUAAAUGAAUUGGCAAAUUAGUUUGCCCAUGCCAUCUUUUCUUAUCUCUUGUUGCUUAUUCUUCUUUUUUAAUGGACGACAUAUGGAAAUUGUUUAA